GACCGAACAAAGGGCAGAUAUCAUUUGCAUACGAGGUUGUUGCGUGACACAAAAACCCGAGGCGAUUAGGGUUAAAUACUUCAACUUAUAUUUUAUUUGAUUGUUCUUUUUUAGUUCAACUCAUUUUAAUUCCCAUAAUGGAACCAUUUUUGGAGCUCACUAUGAUGUCUAUAGCAAUGUUUUUAGGCUGUUACAUUUCAGGCAGAUUACCACUUUGGAUUCAGGGUCGUGAGGGCAAGAGCCAAGAGCUUAUGAGUGUUUUUGGUGCCGGACUCCUUGUUGGUACUGCCUUCACUGUUAUUAUUCCUGAAGGAAUUAGAACUCUCUACAUAUCUUGCCUAGAGGAAGACAUGGUGUCAUCUAAAACCCCAAGUGCAGCGGCCGCACGCAAGGAGCUGGAGCCUGUAAACGAGGUGGUUGCUGCUCCUGCACAUGAACAUCAGCACCACAGAGACAAUGAAAUGAUUGUGGCGUUGUCCCUUCUUUUAGGCUUCCUAUUUAUGUUGUUUGUGGACAUGUUGUCUACUUCUUCACACUUCCACAGUCCUAGAGGGGACUUGGACAGCAAUCCCAGCUCUGGAGUGUUGCUGAUGCAGAGUUCAAACAAAACACGUCGUGUGUGCACAGCAACUUUAGGUCUCGUAGUCCACGCUGCUGCAGACGGCAUUGCGUUGGGUGCUGCCGUGGCUUCUCAUCACUCUGACGUGGAGUUCAUUGUAUUUUUUGCCAUCAUGUUGCACAAGGCGCCUACAGCAUUUGGUCUGACUUCAUACUUGGUGAAGGAAGGCAAUGACUUGAGAAGGAUUAACAAGCUGCUGCUGGUGUUCUCUUUUGCUGCUCCUGUUGGGGCAUUUAUUACUUACACGCUGGUGACCAUGUUGGGUUCACCUAGCAUGUCUGACUCAGCCAACACCAGCAUAGCCAUGUUGUUCAGCGCAGGCACCUUCCUAUACGUCGCCACCGUGCACAUCUUGCCCGACAUCACCAACUCCUCCACUGCAGACCCUGACGCGCCCAAACAUGUUACCUGCAAGCAGUUUAUCUUCCUAAUUAUUGGGGCAUUCGUCCCACUAUUGUUCUCAUUGGGUCAUCACCACUGACAAUAUCUCUUCCAAGUUUCUGUGUUCUAACAGUGUUCUAAUUCAAAGUAGUAAUUCAAAUUCAUUAGGAUUAGAAUAAUUCCAAUUGUGGUGGAAAUGAUAGAAUUUUGUUAAAAUUGGAAUGAAGCGUGUAUGAGUGAAAUAAUGUAAUGAAAGAAUUUUCAUCUUGUUUUCUAAGAAAAAAAAAAAAUUGAUAGCGAGUGGUAAGUGUAUAUUAUUCUUAUACCUUUUAUAAACAAUUGGCAUUCUCACUGGAAUUCAUUUAAAGUACGACUUAAACUAUUCUUUGUUGCUUACUUACUUAAUUUUGUCCUGUAUGUGUUAUUGCGUCGAGUUUGUUAAUGUUUCAAUUUGGUGUUACUCAUCAUAUCAGAAAAGAAACAUCACUGAAAAGCGCAUAACUACUCAUUGUUAUUUAUAUUUUGUUUGAGUAAGCUAGAAAACGGAACAUUUUCUGUCUAUUUGAUUUUUCACUGAAAUUUUGAUUAUUUCCACAUUGCUUGAAUAUAAAGUCCGGCGGCUAACUUGGGUACCUGCACAAAAUGCAGACAGAAGCUCACUGACCUGCUGCUGCUGGGUCUUUGUCCAAGCUUGAGUGUAAUGUUGUGGUGGUAGCCUUGCUGGAGUGUAUGAUCAAAUUUUAUCUAAAUAAUGAAACUGAUGAUGAAAAUGAAAAAUUAAAUGAUGAUUUAAAUGAUGAAAAUGAUCAAAUAGCAGCUUGUUCUGUUCAUUCGGUACAUGAGCUCAUGAAUGUUUGGAAUGUGGAUCCGGUGAAAUAUUUUAUAUGUGUUUUUUAUUCAUUGAUGUUAAUUUUGCGAUGAAUUUGUUGUAACAGCAAUUUUAAAGCAUAUUGGUUUAAGUUCUAUACAUAUAUUGGUACUGUUUCCCUUUUAUGCAAAUACACACUAGUUUUAUUGAUAUUUGUAUGUAAUAAUUUCAAUAUUUCUAUGAAACUAAUUCAUAUUGCUUUUAUUGUUGUUUAUUCAUUCGUUACUCGUGUGCCGAAGCCGCUACUGAAGUUGCUCAGUAGAAUAAGUUUCUCUUGUUUGAUUGUGCUCAGAUUUUUGAGUGUGAAGUACCAGUAAUGUUUUAAGUUGAGUGCGCUCUCUGACUUGAAAAAAUGAAAUAAUCGCGUGUAUGACGUAUGAGCAACGAAAACUAAUGAAA